AUGGUUGAUGAGCAGGAUCAUUUGCUGCCUAUUGCCAACGUGGGCCGGAUCAUGAAGCAAAUCCUGCCACCAAGAGCCAAGAUCUCCAAAGAAGGCAAAGAAACAAUGCAAGAGUGUGCAUCUGAGUUCAUAAGUUUUGUUACUGGUGAAGCAUCUGACAAGUGUCACAAAGAGAACCGCAAGACGGUGAACGGAGAUGACAUUUGUUGGGCUCUGAGUGCACUAGGAUUUGAUGACUAUGCUGAGGCUAUAUUAAGGUACUUACAUAAAUAUAGGGAGUUUGAAAGAGAGAGAGCCAACCAAAACAAAGUUGGUGGCAGUGAAGACAAAGAUGAAGCAUCAAACUGUAAAUAUAUCCAAGCUGGGAAGCAAACUGUAAUUCCUCCUCCAUUAGAGUGCAGAGUUAUCAAGAAGGGUAAUAGCUCUCUUACAAAGCCAUCUUAAGCAAUAUCUAUUAUGAAGAUAAUGAGGAUAAUAAUGCUGAUGAACAACAUCAUAGGAGCUAGGAAGCUCGAGUUUAUUGC